AUGCCAUCUUCCACUGAUGGCAUCCCCCCGAGCAAGGAAGGAAGACAGAUGUCCAUGUUCCAACCCAACUCCUUCACCGUAGAUGACAUAGACACCUCAAAAAAUCGCGACAUUUUCCCUAGGCAGCAGCAGCAGCCUUCUAUGCCCGUUAGCCCCUUCACCAUGUCAUCACCUUCCCCAACACCUCUUGGCCUCAUCCUUCAAUCCUCAGUAUUUAAAGAGCUGGUGGAAAAUAAUUUAAAUGGAGAUAAUGAAGAGAGUGAGAAGAAUGAUUUAAACCUCCUUCCGGAACAGAACAACAGCGACACUAUUAAGCGGAUAUUGUACGAAGGAAUGCGAAAUAAUCCCUGUACCUGUUCUUCAAACAGCGGUGUUUUGCCUGCAUUAGAGUCACAGGAGGAGAGCCUGCUGCCCUUGAGCAACUCAAGGGACCAACCCCUUUGA